AAUGAGCCGCGCGCGGUUUCGGCGCCAUGUCCUUGGUUGGCAGCUUCUGACUGCGCUGGGGCUGAGGUUAGCAUUCACUGGCUUCAAGCCUGUGUCACGAUGUCUACAGACAGCAGUUGCAGCGGAGACAGCUCCUCCAUGGGCACUUGACAUGCCUCGAUCAGAGCCAUCUGAGCCAUCCGAGUCUGAGCGAGCUCCGAUCCCCUCCCCGGCCCCGACCGCCAUUGACGAAAUCAUCGGAAACAUGGCGGUGGAUUCUCCGGAGGUGGUCAGGGCCAGGAUUGCCGGCGGAGACAUGAACUUUGAAGAUUUUAUUGCAACGACGAUGGCCAUGUCGAACACAGAUGCAGGUGCACUUUCUCUUCCCACCGGAUAUGAGCAGAUUGUUGCAGCUAUGACCCUGGAAGAAAGAAGGAAUCCUGCAGUAUUUCGGCAGGAUUCAGCCAGCGAACGGAUCGCCCAGUUGUCUAGAGAUGCGGAGGUGAAUUUGCAGCUGACAACCACAUUUUUGCAGGACUUUGGCUCGAUCCAACGCUUCUUUGCCCGGAUGCAGAGGCAGCCCAAGUCGGGCUCAAAAGCGAGUGCUGCCCUGGGCGAGUCCAUGCAGAUGGCUGCCGAGUACUUGGCGGAGAAGCCGCGAGGCCAGCGGCGGGCGCAGGAGAAUCGGAAUCGAUUGCUGAAGAAAGCCGGGCGUGAGCUACGAGAGAAGAAGGCCAAGCAGAGGAGAGGUUUCGACUGAAGGUCUGACCGAUCAAGACUCGCCAGACUAAAGGCAUCCAAGCUGAGCAAGAACCUGCCAAGAUCGCUCACGUGACCGUCGAAUAUGCGCUCGCUGCAAGCAUGGCGACAGCAGGAACAGAAGGGGCAGUUGGAGAUGCUUCGAACGCACGCCAGAAUCGG